GCAGUGGCGGUGCAUACUGGCUGAUGGAUCUUUACAGCUGCAGCAUGUGGUUAAACUCUGGAUUCUGCUUGAAAUCACCGCCUCCUCGUUACAGUGUCUUCUGAAGUGACGCACUACAAGUGUUCUUACUCCAUUGUAAUCUUGUUUUGCAUGAUUAAUCUGUUAAAUUUAUGGAUCACGCUGCCUGCUUGCGUUCUCCUAGUUAGUUGUAAAUCAGGCCUAGUAAUUUCUCUCCACACGUAUUGUGGAGCUUGAUACUCUUAAUGGUUUUUACUUUCAGUUGGAUAUUAAUGCUAUUUUAUUAGUAAUACUGCAGCAAUCUUAUCCAUUGUACCAGUAGGAUUAAUACUUGACACUCAUAAUUACAUUUUAAAACCCUCGGAUGUGUAUUAUUUUAGUGUGCUGUGUUGUAUCUCACUCUAAUCAGGUGAUGGCCAUCUGUGGUUUAAGCUUGUUACUUAGGCCCUUGGGUCCGGUUUUGAACUAGCAGAACUUGCAGCAGAAACUGAAAAUUGAAACAAAUCUGUGUAUGUGCAGCACUCCUUUAAUAAGGGCAUUGUUUUUAAGUUCUUCAAACCUGGACGUGCAUUUAUACAGGUGUUUCUGCUGCUGCUUCCUGCUUUUGCCUUUUUUCCCCUUUGCUCCCACCCCAAAAGAGCAUUGGAGCACUCUGGAGUUCACUCCUCUUUUGCAUGAGAGCAUCAUAUAAAAAAUAUUUAGAAACUCUUUUUUUUCUCAAGUUACGUUUUACAUCCUGUAUUAGUUUCUGUUUUCUGAAGUUUACUGUUCCCAAGGUGAGAAAUGACCAACUUACACAGCUGAUGCACUUUAAAGGCUGGCACAUUGAGGUGCGUUCAGUAUUUGACAAAGAACCUUUCCAGAUACACUGCAGAUAUCAAGACGUUGCCACCUAACAUUAAGGAUAAACUAAUUAAAUUAAUGAGUAGACAAGGGCAAAUAACAGAUUCAAACAUCAGUGAGGUAUUGCACCCUGCUGUAGAGUCUUUAGACCUCCGAGAAUGUGAUAUUUCAGAUAAUGCAUUAUUGCAGCUUUAUAACUGCAAGCAACUGAAAAAAAUCAACUUAAACUCCUGCAAAGAAAACAGAUUGGGAAUCACUUCAGAAGGUGUCAUAGCCUUGGCCUUAUCCUGCCCUUAUUUGCGUGAAGCAUCUUUUAAAAGGUGCUGCAAUAUAAGUGACAGCGGAGUUCUUGCUCUUGCACUCAAUUGCCAGUUCUUACAAAUACUGAACCUGGGCAGCUGCUCAGGCAUCAUGGAUGCAUCUCUGCAGGCGCUAGGAGAAAACUGUAAAUUUCUUCACAGUGUGGACUUUUCAUCUACUCAGGUAACAGAUGAUGGUGUUAUAGCACUAGUGAACGGAAUGUGUUCAAAGAAUUUAAAGGAGAUCCAUAUGGAACGCUGUGUUAAUCUGACAGAUAUUGCUGUGGAAGCAGUGCUCACUUGUUGUCCAAAGAUACACAUAGUUCUGUUCCAUGGAUGCCCGUUGAUAACAGACCGUUCACGAGAUGUUUUAGAGCAGCUCAUCAUCUCAAACAAAAUCAAGCAAGUGACGUGGACCGUUUACUGACUGUUUUUUGUCUGCUUAUGUAUGAGUAUAAAGUUUACAGUUAGGAGAGCUGUUUCAGGAAACAAGCACCUCUAAUAAACAGCUGGUGACUUCUGUACCUGCAGAUUGCUUCUCUGCUUCUUCCCACCAGAGGUCUCCAUUGCCAUUCCUGUCUUUGAGUGCGAGUCUGAGCUUCCCUAGCGACUGCUUAAGAGCCCUGUCUGUCUUUGCAGCACUGAUCAUGAUUCGUUAAAAGGAAAGUUAAAUUACAGUCAGCGUUACACUGUCAUCUCUCAGCCUCCUUGAGCAAUCAGAUUUGGCCGUUAUUAAGCAUGUUUCAGCAUCUUAGCUACCUACACAGACCUGGUCUUACUAAGUCCCUACUUUGAGUUUUUAUUCUGAGAGGAUAAUUAUAGCUUGUUUGUCUGGAGGAAAAAACUGUACGUACCUUUCUUUUGAUGUUAUUGAUGUUACAGGUUUCUGUCUUUAUUUACCAUCAGUAUUUACAGGAGUCUUACACAUCUAAAACUACGGUCUGAAACAUGCAAACACAGAAGAUCUUUGGAAUUAUUGUAGUGUUUAACAAAUCUCAGAAUAGUGCUGAUGGCUGAUAAAAUAAUCUUAUAUGAUACUCAUUUGCUCUGGCUUUCUCCUGUUGCAAAAUCAUUGGAGGGAACAAAGCAUUGGUCUCUGUAAGCAUAGCUAGGAGUGAAGUAAGACCACGUUUAGCACUGGAGUACAUGAAUCUUGAGACAGAAGAGUUCAGCAAAGUUUGUGUUCUGGUUUAUACAGUUUAUCACAUCUCCAGUGGCCUCUAGAAGAUGAAAUUGUCUGUUUAUGUAUUGUUUGACUGUAGUCAUUUAAAAAAAAAAUUGUAAGCAUAGAAUUGCUUGUGACAGAACUGUGGUUUCAUCAUAAUUACAAGUCAUGCUCACUGGCUUUGUUGAAGCAGUAGAACUUACAGUGAGACCUAUAUGAUUUCUGCAUUAAACUUCUAAAAAUGCUAGUAACUUCAGCAGUGCAGAGAGCAGACAGCACACUGUGUUGAUAUUCCACGUUUGGAAAUAGCAGGAUUUAGCUGGGCAGGUCUUACUCAGAUCUGAUGACUUUCAAAAAUGACUGAGUUUAGACAACAGUAAGGAGUGUUUAUUUUAGAAUUUAAUGCUUGUUUCAGCUCAUGCUGAUUUUAAAUGUUGCAGAAAUAAAAGUGUCUUCUACUAACCUAUUUAAAGUACAGUACAAAAGGCAUGGAAGAUAAUGCAUCCAGUAUUGUUAAAGGAUAUUACAGUAUCUGACGAUGAUCUCUGCUUCUCUCUUGAUUAUAUGGCUUAUGGAAGAGCAAGUCCAUUUAGAAAACUUGUUCAUGUGUAACUGAAAGCAUAGUUCCAAAACUCGGGAACAUAAAUCUCUAACUCUUUUUGCAUGAAGUAAUUGAUCUGUUGUGUCUGAUUUCAGGAAGGGUGCCACAAAAAGAGGUGGCAUCAUUAGCUACCAGAAGUGAGAAGAGGCUCCAGGAGCCUCCUGCCCAAAUCAAGGCCAGCUCUAAGCUCAGCCAGUUAACUCAGGGCUUUCUCUGACUAAAUCUCUCAAGUGCUACAUUCAAAAAGAAAAUUAUAAAUGGAAAUAUAUAAAGCAGCUUAAGGUGGAAGACCACUGAGGUCUGUAACAGCAAAGGACACUUACAGUGCUAGCCAUUUGCUAAUGUAACUCUGGAUUUGUCACAUUAAAGGCAAAUGCAGCUUACACUGUCCUUAAAUGUGCAUGCAGAUUCAAUGUUCUUCUGCAGUCUUUUCUGAAUGUGUAACUUAGUGCUGUACCUCACUUUGUGCUUUAAAAAAAAAACAGUGCAUCAGUGUGAUGAGUAAUACUGCAUUCUUAGGCUUCAAAUUUUGAGUCUGUCAGUCCUUCACUUCCAGAGCUCAAGACUGCUGUUUGAGAGGUUUGUUACUAGCAUCCUUCUACUGGAAUCUUUUUUGAUUCAGGUUGAGACACAGUCAUUUUUAAUAGAUGUUUAAGAGUGCAGGAGUGAAGCUGGAGAUGAACAUUGUGUAUGUGCUUACCAGUUCAUAUUUGAUAUUGUGCUUGUAUGUUACUGUUGUAGAUUCUUGAGUGAGCACUGCCAAAUAUUUGUAUAUUGCUUUGAAUAUUAAAGCCAGUAAGUCUUCUGUUUGGAUAUUUCUGAAAA